AACAUCAGUUGUAAGGAGUUUGGGCCAUGGGGCGACAAUUGAUUCUCGUUCUUUCGCUGAUCCUGUUCUGUGGCAGCUCACAUGCUGUCAUCAGUGAGCUGGCCCGCCAGGGCCAAUCUGCCAUACAGGGCUUGGCGGACGCCAAGUUGGCACCUCUGCGCUACUUAGAUGUGCUCUUUGGAGCAAAUCCGGGAGGAAUUCGAGGAAUAAACGGUCCUAUCUACCCACCUAACAGUCCAGCCGUCAUAUCAGCGGCUGCCGCUUUACAAGCAGCCAAACUAUUGGCCAGAGGUCGUGUCUUCCCCCCUGGAUACAGUUCGGUUGAAGCAGGAGUUGCCCAGGGCAGCGACCUGAUCACUAUAAUUAAGAACAGACGAAACAAGGAUCCUCCAGCACUACCAGGCGUUCCAGGAUUUGAUUAUCCUACAGGGUUACCUCUGCUUAUUGCAUUAAGUCGUCUUUAUGGGCCGAAUCCCCAACAAUGGCCACCAUGGCUACCUGGUGGUCCUGGUCCUUCUGGUCGUCCUGGUUCUCCUGGUGGUCCUGGUCCAAACGGACCACUACCGGAUGGAUCAUUCCCGAAUGGAUUUCCACCGGGCGGAUUUCCCAACGGCGGACCCGGCCAGAAUGGAUUUCCACCAGGUGGACCCGGCCAGAAUGGAUUUCCACAGGGCGGACCCGACCAGAAUGGAUUUCCACAAGGCGGACCCGACCAGAAUGGAUUUCCACAGGGCGGACCCGACCAGAAUGGAUUUCCACAGGGCGGACCCGGUCCGAAUGGACCGUAUCCAGAUGGACCUUCCCAGGAUGGAAGUUCCCCAGGUAGACCAAGCCCAGGUGGAUCACCCUCAGAUCAACCUUCAUCGGAUGGAAGUUUUCUAGGGAUACCUUUUCUAGGAGAUCUAUUGGAGCCCUGGUUGAGAAUAUUUCGCCUUCCAUUUGACCUCAUAUUCCCAAGACCUGGGGUAAAUGACAAUCCGUCUGGAGGCGGACCUCCGGGAACUGACGAUGGAGGCGGACCUGCGGGGCCCCAAGGUGGAAAUGGACCUCAGGGGCCAGGAGGUGGACCUCCGGGUGGAAUGGGACCUGGGGGGCCUGAAUUCGGACCACCGGGAAGUGGAGGUGGAGCCGGACCUCCGGGGUCUGAAGGUGGAGGCAAUCCAUGGCAGCGAAUUCAGAUUGGCUUCCCGCCCGGAGGCAGAGAGGGGAGUGGAGGCCCCUUCGGGUUCGGCGGGUUCUUUGAUACCGGAAUAUUCGCUGCACCUGGAUUUUUUGGAACAGGAAUACUAGCUUUCCCGUGGAACCCCUUCGGAAUCUUCACCCCAAUCGGGAACUUUUUUGAAGGAGUGGGACACCUUUUUGGAUUCCCGUCCCCCCACCCUCCGUCACACCGAAACCUGCAAGGAUCAAUCAGCGUGGAUUUCGAUGCCCUGUUCCCAUCACCGAAAGGCCUAUUACGGCAAAUGUUCCCCCUCUUGGGCUAGCACCAAGGAAUCGACUAAUGCAAUUCAAAAUCGGAUCUGGCACUCUAACGCCUAGUCUUAGUUCUUAGUGUUAAGUAACGACCAGUGUCGGGGUAAAAGUAACAUGUGUCUUGGCCAAGCCUUGUAAUUCUAAUACCCAUUAAUAAAGUAAGCAGCAUUCCAAAA